AGAGGUCAGUCAGUAGUGUUUUGGUGGUGUGUUGUGCCGGUUGUUGGUCCGUUGAAGGUGAGUGUCAGCAUGGCUUCCAAUACACAGCCACCUCAUACCCCUGUGGUUAUACACGUAUUUCGAUCACCAUCUUCAGCAUGGUGCACAGAAGCUAUCUGGGAUGGAAUGUCUUUGGAAAGAAAGACUCUGAAGGACCUUGAAUCUAAAAUAGCCAUUGAAGUUGUUAAGAAGAAAGAAACUACAUCCUUCAGAGAUCCAGGACAGAUGGUAGCUGUUCAGUGUCCGGAAGACCCGAGGAAGUGGACAAGGGGAAGGAUAAAGGAGAAAUUGUCAUUGAUUAAUGGGCCUAAGUACGAGGUGCACAUGAUAGACCGUGGACACACGGUGCGCUUUAAAGCAGAGCGCAUUUGCAACCUACCGUUCAAUUGUGAUGAAUUGCCUCCUCAGGCAAUGAACAUUGUUUUGGAGGGUGUUGUUCCUGUUAACUUAGGAAUAUCUUCUGCUGUUGAUGCAAUGAACCCGGAAAUAUCUUUGGCUUGGACUACCCGUGCCGAAAAUUUUGUGAAUGAAAUCCUUAAGAGUCAGUCACGUGCAUGGUUUGUUGAAAACGCAGACCAUCCUGCAAUUGACCAAACUCAUUUUGGUGAUUUAUUGAUUGAGAUUGAUAACAAAACUGAGAGUCUGAGUGAUCUAUUGAUCCAAAAUGGACAUGCACAGAGAAGCAGUAAACACUUUGAGAAACGACUUCAAGACGAACGAAGAUCAAAUCUAGAAGGGAUUAGACACUCUCCCAGAAUGGUGCCAUGGAAUGACUCCUCGUCUUCUAGUUGUGCUCCCUCCCCAGUGACGUCCCUGCCUUCAGAUUCAAUGAGUCGGAAACAGACCAUAGGUGAGGUUUUGAAACAGCAAAAAAUGUUGAAAAAAUCAGUGGAUUUUAAUAUAUCUGGAGUAUCACCUGAGGAAUCAUCAACUUCUGAAGGACCCAAGGAUCACCCAACUGUUUCUCAAAGUGAAAAUGAUAUGAAAUCAACCCCCAAACAAACCCGCGCUGCUUUACUGCUAUCAAAAUUAAAGGGGAAAUCUCCAGAUCCCUGUAGAGUUGAACAAAUGGAAAACACCAAUGCAGACCAGAAUUCUCUGGAUUCUAAUGUAGUUGUUCAAAAUAAAAAUUCAAUCCCAGACCAGAAUACUCCUGAUUUUUUGGGAAUUGUUGCAACUAAAGAAUCAACUCAAGACCACGGAAUUAUAGAGAUUCCUUUACCUGCAAUAUCCAGAAAAUUGGAUGAAAGAUUUGUGCCCGCUGGUAGAUCAAUAUCAUCAAUCAGGAAAACAGAUUCCUAUCUAACUCACGGGUUAACGAAAGGUUGCGAACCUAAGAAGAUGAGUUAUGAAGAAAACAAUUUCAACAACAUGAGAACUGACUGCAGUUCAGAUUCCAGCUCUUCCGAUUACAAGACUGAAACUUAUAUGCAUACCAAAACUAAUGGCCAUCUUAAUUCAGCCGGAAAUUCAUGUGAUAGUUCCUCUGAUGUCAGUAUUCAACAACCAAAUAGACUCAGUAAGGCAGAAAUUAUGAAUAAUUUGAGGAAGAAGAGGAAUUCACAAUCUGAAGUCAAAGAAGUACAGUUGUCAAUCUGUGAAAACAAUCAAAUCAAACAAAUUCAACCCAGUCAAUCUUCAGCAAGGGAUCGAAUUCUAAGUGCCACCAAGCUUGACGACAGCACUCAACUGAUAGAUUACAUUGCGAGAUCCAUUCUUCUACAUGGUGGUUUCCCACCUUCUCCCUGGGUGACCUACGAACAACUGAAGUCGAAGUUUUCUACACAUGUAGAGCAGCUGCUCAUUGACAGAGGGUGGUGCUAUUCUAUAUUAACUCUUGAAAAAUAUAUGUGGCCUGCAAUCCAACAACGGCAAAAUGUCAUAAUGAUUUCACCAUCAAAAACUGGUAAAACUUUCAGUUUCAUCAUUCCCUUAAUGGACUUCAUGAUUGAUACAGAGAUUCCCAAAGGAAACGGGCCUUUGUUGCUAAUUCUUUGCUCUGGAAGUAAGGCUGCAGUUGAAGUAUAUGAAUCAUGUGUGAAAGUUGUAAAUGGAGCAAAGAGAGCACCGCGAGUGCAAAUAGCUCAUGGCCAAUCAAUUGGUGCUGACAAAAUUUUCAAGUUAAUCAAUGGCUGUGAAGUCUUAGUUACAACUCCUCCCUGCCUUCUCAGAAUUCUCAAACAUGAAGUUUCCCUAAAUUUUAAACGUUUGUGUCACUAUGUCCUUGAUCAAGCAGACAUUUUAAUGACCAAAUUUCUGAAUGAGAUGAAAGAGAUUCAAGCUUUGGUGGUAGCUGAACAAGAGUCAAGAACAAUGAAAAAUGCUAAAAAUGGAAAUGAUGAGAGUGAUCCUAUUCAGAUCAUUGUAUCAAGUGAGAAGUGGGAGCCUCAUUUUCCUUCUUAUUCUAAGCACUUGCGGGGAAAUCCUUUGCUGUGCAUUAAUGACUGUUUCGAAGCCUGUGUUUAUGGAAAACCUGAAGUAGCAUUUCAUUUAACUCGCUCUAAAAUUACAAAACUUUUACAGAUUUUGAAGAAUGUUGCGGGCUUAAACAAGGUGGUUGUGUUUUGCCAGGAGGAUGAAAUUGAUACUUUGGAGGCCUUCUUGAGAAAUGAAUGUUUGGAUGUUUUAGUAUCACGACCAAACCUGUCAUUACAGCAGUUAAAUGCUAUAAUGUUACCUUGGAAAUCAAGUAAAGAGGGACAACAUUAUACCCUGUUGUGCACUGAUAGUGAGUUUAUAGAUCUGAAAAUACACGAUGCAAUGUGUGUGGUUAAUUUUAGCUUUCCAUCUGAAGAUAGAUCUCUUUUUGUAAAACGUUUAUCCUCAAUUCAUCUUAAUUUACCCAAUAUUUUUGAGAGAAAGACUCAAGUACGAUCUCCUUCAAUACAGUUAAUUCUUGAUGAGUCAAAUGCAGAACAAAUGCCAGUAAUUGUUCAACUGAUGCAAAGAAUUUCAGACAAUAUACCCAAAGAUAUUAUGGAACUUGCUGAGAAUGUCAGGAAAGAGAGAGAGAAGAUGAAGAAAAUUAAUAAAAUAUUCUGUUUGAAUCUAAAAAUGUUUGGAGAUUGCACAAAGAGCAAUUGCCCAAGUAGGCAUGUUUUCAUACCAGAAUUGGACUCUUCUAAUAUCCUGCCAGGAGAUGGUCUUGUUAAAGUGCUAGUGAGUAAAGUGCGCAGUGCUGGUCAUUUUUCCGUGCGGUUGGAGGAACUCAUUAGGCCUGACAAGAGAACAGAAAUCUGGAAUUCACAAUACACUAAGAUUGCUUUUAAGAUGUUCAAUCAUUUUUCAAAACCCGAAAAUAGGAAAUUAAUUGAUAGUGAUAAGGUUGCGGUUGGUGAUGUGUAUGCAAUGGAAACUAUUGAAAACUUGUUCCACCGCGUUCAAGUUUUAGAAGUGCUGGAAAAGGAUAAAAAUAACCACCCUUCUGUCGUCCAAGUAAAAUUUCUUGAUGAAGGGGAGCAAAAGGACAUAAAAGUUUACUGUCUGUAUGCCCUCCCUGAGGAACUGAAAGUGCUCCCUGCAGAAAUUGUUGAUGUGUUUUUGUGUGGUUUACUGCCUGCGGAUCGCGACGAUGGCUACGACCGCGAUGCAACGUCUUUCGUCAAGAAGUGUAUCAAGUUUGUUGAGGAUUCCCCUGAGGAUAGUCCUACAUUUGUCCAAGGACAGGUUGUAUUAAGCAUGACUGGCUCAUUGUGGCUUGACCCAGUCGGUGUUUGUGAAUGGUUACCCAACACAGGGACCACAGUUGUUCGACAAAACAUCAAAAGAAGCCUUUUGGAAAAAGGUCAUGCCAUUGAAAACUUAAAUCAUUUACCUAAACUAUUUGCCUUAUGUGGUAAAGAAAUACCUAAACCACUUCUUGUUCAAGAUGUGUCAAGAAAUGUUUGUAAGCCACAUCUGAAACCAAACUGGGCUUUCCUUGAAAGUGAGACAUCAGAGGAAGUUGAAUUUAUUUGUGCUGAGGUUGUUGAGGGCGUCACUCUUUUCUAUGUUCAAAGGACCAAAUUCAAACCAUUGUUAACAAAUUUAAUUGAUGAGAUUAAUAAGGAUACCUCUAAAAGAAAAGAGGAAGAGGUUUUGUCUCUGACACCAGGAGAUAUUUGCCUGGCCAAAUACGAGCAGAAAUGGCAGAGAGCAAAAAUGUUGUCAAUAAAUGAUAACACUGCAUCAGUGUUUUAUGUUGACUAUGGUGAUGACAGUACUGUGUCUCUUGAGGAAUUAAAGAGUAUACCGGAGUGGGCUAUUACAAAAUUACCAUUUCAGGCAAUUGAAUGCAGUCUGGCUGGUAUAUCUUCAAUCAGCUGCGAUUUGCUCUAUGAUAUUACAGAUGAUGGUGCUAAGGAACUUUUUGCACAGGUGUGUAAUCAUAAAUCAGGAAAAACAACAGGAGGGAAGCACUUUGUAGUCGCUCUUAUUGACCCUGUUACUCAGUCAAUUCUCAAUGAGGAUUUAUUGAAACUAGAGGGUGUUGAAAAAUGUGCUGAUGAAUUGAAAUAUCUGAAUUUCCAAAUAGACCAAAGAUUGUUCUCUCAAAGGAAUGAGUCAGGUUCUGAAUUGGCUUUGAAUGAAAAUGAUAAACUGGAUGUAAAUGACUUGGAAUUUCAAGAUGAAGAUAUAAGUCAUUUUUAUGAUGAUGAUGAUGAUGAAGAUGAUGAUGAUGAAGUGAUGAAAGGUUUUGAAGAGUUUGAACUAGAAGGCCUUGAGCAAUUUUUGGAGAAAAGUGCACCCCUUAGAAAGGCAUAUGAAGAUGCUCAAGGUGCUCUAAUUAAUAAAUCUAAUCAAGCUGUUACCAAAAGUCUCAGUCCUGUAAACAAUGAAAUAAAUUAUGAAUCAAUCAAUCAAGAAAUGAACCAAAUGCAAGAAGAUGGUAAUUUGUCAGAUUGGGAAGAGGAAGGGAACUUUGUUGGUCGAUGCAAGUUGCCAGUUUUGUGUAAUGCUCGGCCCCCGAGAACGAAGUGGCUUGAAGACCUCUACUAUGUUUGGAUUAAAAUUUGCAUUACUGGUGUUGAAAAAUACUUUUUACACUGGACUUAUGACACCAUUCAGUUUUGCACAACAGUAGGAGGUCGCCACUAUCUUUUGGACCAAAAAUUGCGUGGUACUAUUUUACCAAGUAAUGUAAAAUCCUCUGUUAAAGGAUUUACAGUUGAGGUGAAAAUGAAAAAGGCACACAGCGGAAUGGAUUGGGGAAGGCCUUUUGCCUCUCAACGCCGAUUGCCUUGGGUCUCUCGUGACCUCGAGGCAACUGCUGAUGCCAGCAGUGAUUCUGACUGUGAGGUUUCUCUUGGUACUAUCAACAAGGAGAUUAGAAAGCUCCCUCUUAAAAUGAGAAGAAAGCGUCUGUCCAAACAAAUGAAAGGAACUGCGACUAAACCAGACCUUGGUUCAAGUAGUGAAGACAGUAAUUAUGAGCAUGAGCAGGGAGACUCUGAUGAGAUGUUUUAAGUAAUAGACAUGAAGAAUGAUCAGUAUAAUUCCAAGGCUACUAAUGAAUUUUUUAAGACAUUUUCUUUGUUUUUAGUUAUCAACAUUUGUAUAUUUUAUUUUCUGAAUGCUUCAUUUUUAAUCACUGAACUAAUAAACUUUUCACCAGUAAUAA